UUUCAGUUACUGUUAUUGAGCGAGAUUUUGUGUCCUUUAUGUUGACCAACACCCCCAAUGCCCAUCUUUCACAGGUUCAUCGACUUCUUCAAUAGACCGGACAUCGACGGUUGGGACGUUCGUCAAGGUAUUAACGACAUACUCAUGUUCGACAUGGUGCCCGAUCCGAAGGUGGUGAUCGCCGCGUUGUACGCCUGCCGUCGCGUCAACGAUUACGCCAUCACCGUGCGCUUCUUGGAAGCCGUCAAGAACAAAUGCGGAUCGUUGGAGAGCCAGAUCUACCCGUGGAUGAUACAGGAGAUCGCACCCGUCCUCUGCGAGCUCGGCGUCGAUACCCCUGAAGGUCUGGGAUACGAUCAGCCCGAGCUGCAUCUGGACAGCGUCUUCGACAUGCACUGAACAACCACCGUUCAAGAGCAGCUUCAAUAUUUUGCUUCAAGUUUAUUUGUUUGUUUGCCUGCACUCUCACAAAAGGGUCGUUUCUAUUGAAUUAUUCAUUCACGAUGAUUGUUUUUCUUCUCUCGUCGUACUAAAAAUACCGCACAUCUGACCCAUGAUCUUUGGACAUU